AUGGGUUACCCAGCUUCCAAUAUAUCACGUUCGACUAUUCGAAGAGGAACUGCCACAAACAACAAAAGGACGUCCAAUAGAUCCACAAGUCCUGCUCUUGUAUAUGAUUAUGCACUACGCUGUGCCUUUAUUGUCUGGUUUGAACAGGCAAAAAUGAAAGGCAAGAAGCGUCAUUCGUUUUAUAUGGCCUUGGUAGAAGCUGGAAGAAAAGAUAGACUACAGCCAGAAGUGAUAAGAAGCUUGAGUCAUAAACUAGAGACUAUUUAUGCUGAACGUGACAUAUCGAGACCCGAAUACUUGAACACAACAUUUCGUGCGGUAUGUAAAUCAUUCAAGGACAAAUUAAACGAAUCUCGGUGCAAGUCGAUAAGUGACUUGGCAGACAUGUUAAUGCAUAUAUACGACACCAAAGAAUUUCAUGCUGUCAUCGUAGAUAUCAUCGUACAAACAGUUCAAGAAGUGACGCCCCAUGUCGUUGCACAGGACCUACUCGAGAAGCUAUCUGUCAAAACAACUCAAAAUAAGAGAACAAGUGCAGUUGACAUGUAUUCCAUCGAGAGUUUUCCAAUGGUUAAUCACGUCAAGGAAUUGUUUAGAGUGCAAGAAAAAGAGCAUCAAAGCAAGCUGAAUGAAUUAGCUGUCAUCUGCACAAAGACGGCUUUAUUGCGUGACUUGAAGCAAGCUAUCCAUAGUAUACAUAUAAAUCAGUCAUGGGUCAAGAAGGAUGAUUUUGAAAUUGUUGGAGCGUACGAGCAAUGGCAAAAGAUGGAAAUAAAACAACUUACCGAAAGAAUGAAUACGAUUAUCCAAAUGUAUCCAGAUAUAUCGCUUGGUUCCUUACAGACAGAUAAUGAAGGCAUAUCCGAUUUUCAUGAUGACCACUUUACCUUUAUACCCAAGUAUCCAAAGGAUUAUUUCCGUUAUCUGAUUAAUGCCUGUAUUGACUAUAACAGAACUUAUAACAUUCGACCAUCCCAUUUACUUUCGGAAGAGUCUGAAGAUUUGCUCAAAGAGUGCUGGAAGACAUGGAGAUUAUCUUGGCCGUUUCGGGCUGCCAUUUAUUUAAACUCUGUCAAGGCAAUGCUUCCGAAUCACAAUAUUGGUAUAGACCAAGUAAAGGAAUCUAUAAAGACACUUGAACGAGUUGUAAAAGAUCAUCCAAUCGAGCUUUGGGCAACAUCAGAUUCUAGUUUUGUCAAGCGCGUACUGAUUGGUUUAAACAAUGCUUUAAUGCAUGAACUAGCAAACGAGCUAAUUGAGUAUUGGAAUAUUAGUCAUAUAUUGGUUGACGAUAUGAUAAACUUACUAGAUCGAGUGGCUGCUAUUAAUGCAUCCAUAGGCAACGACUACAACCAAUCAAAUGAUAUAUUGCAACUAGAACAAACUAUCAAGGGAGCGGCGAUUGAACGAUGGGCAUAUAUCGAAAAAUCAGCCAAGCGUCCAGACAACGACUUGCAAACACUCGUUUCAAUGACUAGGAUGUUGAAUGAAGAGUUCACCUCACUUAUUGAUAAAAGAAUCGAUCACAUCAAAGUGGUUGGUUCUCCACCAUUCCUAAGCAUCAUCAUGGAAGGACAAUUACCCUACUUUGCUUUGGAGAUGGAGAACUGGCUAAACUCUCCUUGCUCAAGAACUAGCUCGCUUGAGGAUGUCCUUGAACUUUACCGAGAGAUAUUGAAGCUUAACAACACGUGUUCCGCAUAUAGACUGAGAGACAAGAUAAUAAAGGUAGACUCUUGGUUCCUUUGUCAUGUCAAACGCUGGUUAAAUAGCAUCAAGGAGUCUUCUAUUCACUGGGUUGAACGCGCCACAAGUACCGAUUUUGCCAUGGAUGACCUCUUCUGCAUCUUUCAUAACGCGAUCAAGUUUAUAAAUGACUUGCAAUGGCCAGACUACCUCCAGUACUGCAUGUUUAUUACAUGUUUAUCAAAGAUCAACAGUGAAGCGAUAUGCAGCUAUUGCAAAAUGAUCGAGAUGCAAAUGAAAUCAACGUUAUCCAUGGAAGAAACGGAACGACUAGCCAUAUCAGAGACGUCUAUUUUUGGCAUGGCAAAGCAUCAUUUGUUGGGUGACAAGACGCUAUCAAGGGGCCCCUUACAUGUUCAUUCAGAGCUCUGUGUUAAAUUAAACCAAAUAGAAACUGCUCGUAAAAGACUAGACGAGCUGUAUCAGUCCAUGGACGGAGGUAAACUGGCACAGUACAUGAGAGCCACUAUGUCAGAAGAGCAUCAUACAUCCCAGACAAGUCAGUACUCUAUAAAAGUCAUUCGUGCAGAGAAUCUACAGCCUAUGAAUCGAAAUGGCUUGAGUAAUCCAUAUGUGACGCUUGAGAUCGAUAACCAGUGUAUGCUUAAAACGAAUACCGUCAGUAACUCACUUAAUCCUUGGUGGGAUCAGGAAUUUACAAUAGCAACAAAGAACGGAGUGGAUGUUUUGGCUAUUGUACAUAGCGAAGGUAUCUUGGCAGCCGAUGAUGAAUGCGGAAGUGUUUGGUUCAAGCUCUCUCAGGAGUUGUUUGGAGACUUUCAAGUUCAUGAACUCAACUUGUCGUUAUCUCCUCAAGGACAGCUCAUGCUCAGAGUAAGUAUGGAUGGCGAGAAAAACGAUAUUCAAUUCUGGUUUGGAAAAUCCUUUCGUGCUCUUAAACAGUCUGGGAAUGAUAUAGCUGAAUAUAUGGUCAAUCAGAUGGCGCCUUAUAUCCAACAAUACUUAUCACGACAAGUGUUAAGUACGCUUUUAAAGAAAGAAAAAAGCAUAUUCCUGGCAUUUAGUCGAGCGCCUUUAAAGAAUACAAUGGGACCCACUAUUCAUGAAUGCGAAAACGUCAUCGUACCUCUCAUCAGCUACUUGGAAAGCAAUCUAAAGAUAUUCUUUGAUAACUUAUCCGACUCAAAUAUGCAAUCUGUCGCUCUCAAAUUAUGGAAACAGAUCCUUUCCUGUCUAGAGAGCAUACUUUUACCACCACUCUCUGAGCAUAUCUCAGAUAUACCACCCUUGGAUAUCUAUGAGCUUAAUGUUGUCUUUAAAUGGUUAGAGCUCUUGAAAGUUUUGUUUAAUGGCGGAGAAGACGGAGAUGGAAUAGCUCUAGAAAGCUUAGAAUGCCAGGAAUACUAUGCGCUUUUGUCCUUAAACACGUUUUAUCAAUUAAGUACAGAACAUCUGAUACAACUUUGUCAGGCGGCAAAAAGAGCGAGUGAUAUCGUCACUAUGGAAACAAAUAAAAGCAGCAGUCGUAGUAAAUCAAUCUAUCGUUCAAAGAGCACAAUCGAUAAUACAACAAGGCAUGACAUGAUCAAUUUGGAUGUGCUAUCCAUGGAGGCUGUCUUACGCUUACUACGAAUGAGACAUCAAAAGCCUGCGAUCGAAUACCUGCAUGAAGAAUUCGAAAAGCGUAAUGACUCAGGAUAUCAGAAUGACAGAAUGGUUAUACUGUAA